CGAACUCUCGCUACCAGAAUGCUCCUUACCGGUAGUUAACCAGUGCAUCAAUGAUGACAAAGUGUCACCACAAAAGGCCACGUAAUCGCUCCGAACGAAACGCGUAGAUAAUAACGCGGCAGGAGUGCGUGAGACUAAAUGAUUAGGGAAACCGUCAAACGCUGACAGACGGAGUCUUGGGUUAACUUCGAUAAAAUGAGAACAGAUCGGAUUCUCGGACUCUUUGCUUUUGUUGGUGUUUUACUUACAGUAUUGAAAUGUUGUGUAGCCGAAGAAGACUAUUACAAAAUAUUGAAUGUUAAACGAGAUGCAACUGACAAGGAGAUAAAGAAAGCCUUCCGCAAUUUGGCACUGAAGUAUCACCCGGAUAAAAAUAAAGACAAAGCUGCUGAGGAGAAAUUUGUGAAGAUUGCUAAAGCAUACGAGGUGCUGUCGGACAAGGAAAAAAGACGGAAAUAUGAUGCAUUUGGUCAUGAGGGUGAUGGUCCUCAACAAGGGCAACAAGAAUUCAAGUUCAACUUUGAUGACUUUUUCAAGGGCUUUGAUGAUGCAUUCCACCACUUUCAUGACCACCGUUCAGGGCACAGACAAGGCAGCGCACAACAUCAAGGAGGUCAUGAUCAUUUCCAGUUUAAUUUUGGUGGCAACAAGUUUUUCAACUUCCAAGACCUAUUUGAUGAUGAUGAUGACAUGGGAAAUUUGUUUAACCAUGGUAAUAUGUUCCAUGAUGGAGGCUUUUGGCAACAUAACAGGUAUGGAAAGGAAGCCAACCAACACUUCCAGCACCAACAGCAGCAUCAUGUUCACCGCAUGAAUGCUCAUCAGCAGGGCUUUCAGCAUAUGAAUACAUUUGGACAUGGACAUAACCAUUUUGGUUUUCAGGGACAGUCAUGCCGUACUGUAACGCAGAGAAUCCACAACAUGGUUACAACUCACACAGUGUGCUCAUGAUAUGGCCUUUAAAAAAAUGGAAGGACACCAUUGUCUCAACAUAAAUGACUGGUUACUUUGCUGUAAAUAAAAUUUGGAAUUUGGCAGCCAUGCAACUUUGAAAUUUGUGAUAUGUGCACAGCAUGAACAGUUUACCAGUGGCAUCAUUUCUAAAAAUAAAAAAAAAAAAUAAGAACUGACCAGCAGUGCAAGAAAGACUUAAUGAAAUGGAAGAGUAAACUUCUUCCUGAACUUUUGAUGCUGGUUACUGACUGCUGUCAUUAUGUGAUGUUACUGCUGGUGAUCAUUUAAGAUCACCAUUUGCUAGGUCAUCUUCUACCAACUGUUACACGGAGUCUGCAUGUUAUGUUUACUGCUAUGUAAUCCAUGUGUUGUACUACUUACUACAAAGCCACUUUUAAGAGUCUCAUCAGUCUUUCAUUAUAUUUGAAUAUACUCGCAUGGUCAGAAUGUAAGAGAGACUGGAGGUUAAGAAAGGGCAAGUUAGUCAUGAAUGUAUGCUGAAUGUGAAACACUAGUCUUUAAAUGCUGUUCACUUAAAGAAACUGAGUAAAUAUUAACAGCAGGAUUUAUUGUAGGAAAAACAAUGUUUUUCUACUAUUUCUUGCUUUGUGUACCAAUGAUAUUAUGCAGCUAUGCUCAAUCUGCAGUUUCCUUUGAUCCAUUUACUUCAAAAAUAAAAUCCUACUGCUGAAAGAUAGCUGUUAUGAAUAGUUAUUAACGUACAUGUGUGUUUGUGUGUGCAUGCAUGGGUACACAUGCAUUUGCUUAUGGGUACUAUUGUUGGAAUGUUGCCUUGUCAAACUUUUAAAAUAUUUUGAUUGUUUCUUUUUUUUCUUCCUUUGACCUGACUUUGAAGAUUAGUGACAAAUUAUUUUUUAUCUACUAUUGUGCCAAUAUUUUGCCUUUGGAGAUGAUCAGAUCUGCAUUUUUUUUUUUUUUUUUGCCUCUCAGUACUCAUCAUAUGUAAUAUGGAUUAGUUCUAUAAUCCCUUUUUACUUCUAUGCAGGAGGCCAAAAUCAAUUUCUUCACCUUAUCAAUUUCUGUCUAUACUUACAUGUGAUGCAUAAAAAUUUGAUUUUAUUGCACCAGUAUGCUGAACAUAGGAAUUUACAAUAUGAAAGUGUAUUUAAAUGUUUUGAUUCAAACUUGUAGGAUGUUUGCUGAACCAGGUUUUAACUUUCCAUGUAGUAUAAAUAUUGCUGAGACUGUGAUUGAUUUAUAUCAUCAACACAGAUAAUUUAAAAAUAAGCUGGACAAAUAUAACAAAGUACAAACAGUACAAAGGCAGUAGUCAUCUGUGGUAAAUUAAAGACAAGUGUCUUGUCUUCACUGUUAUGAAGUGCUGUCCAGACUUUCAGGAUGUUGCCUUACUGUUGUAAAUCAGGGACAAAGAUUUCACAGGACAAAGUACCAUAAAUAUCCAUGGAAUGUAGACAGUCUCUCAUAACUAGAGAGAAUAGACAUUUUCCUUUUUUCAUCUUUCUUCUGGGUAAAUACUUUGCUUCAUGAAUCCACUUUUUUUUUUGGCAUUGAUCAUUUGAUUCUAAAUAAUAAAUAUUUUGGCAUUUAAUAUUUGCUCAAUUUUUUUUAUAGUUCAGAAUAAAUUUGACUUUCUUAAUAAUCUUUUUUGCUUUUUCAGUUUUUUUGAAAGUUAUGUGUUCUAACUUCCUACUCCCCUUACAACAACAUAAUAGAUGCUUAAUCUCACCUUUUUUUGGGGUUAAUGGGUGAAUUUGCACUUUGUCAUUUGAUUUGGUUAUGUUGCUUUAUACAGUUGUUCAUAAAACAGAACUUUGUAACGUAAAAUUAACCUUCUAGCUAGUUCUCCAGCCAAUUUUACCGAUGAGUAACUUGACAAUGGCCCUAAACACAAGCUCUUUAGAAUAAAGCUGAGUUGAUAUGAAGAAGUUAUUGAAACUUGCUUGUUGUCAAUUCAUGAUUGUAUAUAUAUAUAUUUCCUUCUUUUUUUUUAUCCAAGGUAAUGUCAACAUCCUUGAUUAAAUGCUUCCUUGGUAGAAUGUAGUCUCAAGCUAUUAUAUUCCAAGAAGGUCAAAGGAGAAAAGAAAGCAAUUAUAGACAAAAUUUUGUUAGUGAAAAGCUACCUGUUGAUGUUGCAUCAGGCUGGUGCAUCUUAAACUGGCUAAGCAUCAAUGAAAACUCAAAAUACAAAAAUAAAUGCUAAUAAUGUUUUUUCUUUAUUUUUUGUGCAUAAAACUGUGAAUAGCUUGCAUUUGUAUGUGUAAAUUUCAGUAAUAAAACAGACAUCAGC